UUCUUCUACGUGGUGCGCACAUUCCUCUUCUUCCUCGAUCCUCUGCGUGCCAGUCGCAUUCUUAUCCUCGUUGUGCUUGUCUCUGGCUUCAUUGAACCACUUCCCCAACUGGCCGACGCAUCCUUGACUCAGGCACGGCUUGAAGGCAAUCGUUUCAAUCUUCGACACGCUCAACUUGCCCACGCCAGUUUUCUUCAACUGGAUGCUGAUAUGAGUGGGACGCUCUCGCGAGAAGAGUUAAAUAGGCAAAUCUCGCCUCUCGCCUCUCAACUUCACAUCAUUUUUAAUUUAAACUCAAGUGCUCUCCUCACUCGGUUGAUAAGUUGCCUAACAAAUGGAUUAAGUAGUGAAUCUCAAUCCACAUCACAGCAGACUCAUUACUAG